AUGGCAGAUUGGUCUGAAUUACAGGAGGAGCUCUUGUUCUUGAUCGCUGUUCGAUUGUUCUCCGUGGUCGAACUCAAGCGCUUCCGAAGCAUAUGCAAAUCUUGGCGCUCCUCCGUUCCCGGCAACUACGCUCACUUCCCGAACAGCCCUCUCUUCUACGUCAACCAACUCCCAGAAAUCUCUCUCUCCCAAUGGUUCAGCCUUGUCAAGAUAUAUCUCUCACGUGCAGCCUUUUUCCAUGUCACCCUCUCCUCAUCCCCGAGCCAGGGCUGGCUUAUCAAAUCCGGCGCUGACAUCAACUCCGGCGCUGACAUCAACUCCGGGAAACUCCGUCUCCUCGAACCACUCUGUCGCCGUCCGAUGACACAUUCGCUCACGAGUGUUGAUCUUUCGGGGUUCACUAUGUCAGAGAUUCAAGAAUCCUUUGCGAUUCGGAAGAGAGGAUUCAUAAGAGUGGUGCUUGUCAAAUUAAAAAAAGGAGAAGCUCAUCAUAAUCGGAUUCUUGGACUCAGCAGGUUCGGGGAGAUCAAGCACUGGAAUAGAAAUAAGUGGAGAGUACUCAGAAAGAUGGCUGAUCAUAAAUUCUCUGACAUUAUAGUUCACAAAGGACUAAUGUAUGCCUUGGAUACACGAGGCGUUGUGUGGUGGAUUAAUUCUCGUCUUGAAAUAUGUAUGUACGGACCUCCAGUUGAUGAUGACAUCACAUAUAGCCUACCCGGAGACAAGAGCUUUGUGGAAUGCUGCGGAGAGCUUUACAUUGUCGACCGACUUUGUAACAGAAAAGCUGGCGUCUAUAUUCCGAAUGCUGAAACAGUUGGUUUCAGAGUUUAUAAGUUUGAUGAGGAGCUAGGCCAAAUGAUGGAGGUUAAGUCUUUGGGAGACAAAGCAUUUGUGCUGGCUACCGACACUGGUUUCUCUGUUUUGGCUCAUGAGUAUUACGGAUGUCUUCAGAACUCUAUUUACUUCAAAGACGGCGAGAAAGAGCUUAAUGUGUUUAAGCUAGACAAUGGUAUUGGAAGUAGCAUCACAACAAUGUCCCAGUUUUCUCAGAGUUGUUUUCAAAUGUUUUUUCCUAGCUUUCUCUGA